AUGCAGCGCUGGGUUCAUUCACGAGGUAACUAUUUCCUGUGUGGGAGUUUUGCUCAAGCCAUUUGGACAUACAUUUCAGCGACCCGCCUUUGUGUUUCUUUUGUGCUUUUUUCUUUCUAUAUUUCGCUCAAAUGUUUUCUGUUUUGUUUUCUUUCUUUUUUCAUAUUGACAUUUUCUAAUGUUAAUGCUGUCAUAAGGAUUAUUUUCUUUUCUCUUUCUUUCUUCCUUCAUAAUCGUUUUUCUCUUCUUCCUUUCUUGCUUUCCACAGUUUUUCUUUUUUGUUUGUUUGUUUGUUUCUUUCUUUCUUUCUAUCAUUCUUUCUUUCUUUCUUUCUUUCUUUCUUUGUCACCACUUUCUAUCUUUUUUCCUUUAUUUUAUCUUACUGUUUCCCCGCCUUCCUUCUUUCUUUUGUCUAACCGUUUUGUUUUUGUCAUUCUUUCUUUCAUCCUAACUGUCUUUCUUUUUUCUUAUUGUGUGUCCGUUUUCUUUCCUUGUUUUUUUUUCUUUUUGUGUCCAUUUUCAUACUUUCUUUUACUUUAUCUGACUUUUUUCCCUGCCUUUCUUCUUUCCUUCUUUCUUUCUGUCUGGCCAUUUUCUUUCUUUCUUUCUUUCUUUCUUUCUUUCUUUUUUGACCAUCAUUUUAUUCUUUCUUUCUUUUUGUCUAACUGUUAUCCUUCUUUCCACCUUUUAUGCUAUGAUCACAACAAAGAGCCUUAUUAA